GCGGAGGUCUUUCACAGAUAGACUCUCUUCGGCUGGCACUUGAGUGGCUGAUAAUCGUCGCCCACAGCAGUUCGUGAAUAGGAAGAAAAGGGAGACUUCAUAAUAAACGUGUGAUAUGGAGGACAAAGGCCCAGUUACCCAGGAGCCUCCUAAGAUGGUCUGUGAAAAGGAAGAGGUGAGCAAUGAGGAGGAAGAGAAGAGUCACACACAACACAUGGGCUGCCAUUUCAUGACUAACUUGGAGAGAAGAAGUGUGGACAUCAAGAAAGAGGACUGUGAAUGGGAAUAUGUGCCAUUUUCUCAGGACUGUCCUACCAUUAAGGAGGAGGACUGUGAAUGGGAAUAUUUGUCCUUUUCUCAGGACUGCCCUACCAUUAAGGAGGAGGACUGCAAAUAUGAGCCAACAUUUGAGAGCAGUGACAUGCAGGGAACUGAAAUGGUUAGCAGUGUGAAAAAAGAAGAAGUAAAAUGGGAGUUUGUGUCUCAGCACGAGUGUUCAGAUGUCACAGGAUCAGACAUCACUCUGAAGAGUCAGCACACCCUACAGCGUCACUCUGUCCUCGUGAAGUCCGAGUGUUUGGAGUCUGACAUGACCAGGAUUAAGAAAGAAUUAAGUUCCUGUCCUUCUGGAGAAGGUUUACAAGGAAGCGACACCCUCUCUCCAUCAUUAUUUCCUCUUCACUGCAAACUAUCUCAAAAUGAAAAUAUGAAAAAGCCAAUAUCUGAAGUAGAGAGUUUGUUACCAGCCCAUAGCAAACAAUUCUUCACCAGUGGUGAUUUUCAAACAAACGAACAAAUUUUUACUGAGAAGCCAUAUUACUUUUCUGAAUGUAGCAGGCAAUUCUGUACCAGUAGUGCUCUUCAGACUCACAUAAGAUUUCAUACUGGAGAGAAGCCAUAUUCUUGUACUGAAUGUGGCAAACAGUUCUCCAGAAGUUGCUAUCUUCAUUGCCAUAGAAGAAUUCCCACUGGUGAAAAACCAUAUUUCUGUUCUGACUGUGGUAAGCGAUUCUCUGCAAAUAGCAGUCUUAAGAAUCAUAGACUGAUUCACACUGGUGAAAAGCCAUAUUACUGUUCUGACUGUGGUAAAGCAUUUCGCUCCAGAGGUAGUCUUCAGACUCACAGACGGAUUCACACUGGAGAAAAGCCAUAUUUCUGUUCUGACUGUGGUAAGCGAUUCACCCAAAAUAGCAAUCUUCAUACCCAUAGACGGAUUCACACUGGAGAGAAGCCAUAUUGA